CAAGAUGUCGCUCGAGGAGAGAUUAACCAAGAUUCGGACCAGUCCGAAGUUGCAGAGCGUGCAGCAGUCCCAAGUGGUGCUUUCUGCCAUCGAGGACACGCUCCGCCAGCAAAAGUCAGAGUUCACACCGACCGCAUACUUCGCCGCCCUGCUGUCUCUGCUGGGCCGCCAGAUCACUGAUCAGGGUCUCGCCAACAAGGAAACCGUGACCGCCGUAGUGUACCUGCUCGACCUUGUCACCCCACAUGUUCCCGCCCCGCUGCUGCGCUCUAAAUUCACCGAGAUCAUCACGAGUCUCGCGCCCGCCCUCACACACCCAGACGCCGACGCGCCGUUCCUGCGGUCGUCGAUAGGAUGCCUCGAGUCGCUGCUUAUCGUGCAGGAUGCGCACGCCUGGGAGCUGCCGCAGACGCAGAUCAGCCCGCGCAGGGCUGUGGCUGGAUUGCUGCAGAUUUCGGUGGACCAUAGGCCGAAGGUUAGGAAGAAGGCGCAGGAAGCGCUUGCGAAGGUGCUUGCCAAUCCGCCUCCGAGUCCGUCGCUGGACCACCCUGCGGCGGAUAUGUGCGCUGAGACAGCGCUGAAGGUGCUGAAUGAUAUCGCUGCGUUGGCGGCGAAAGCGAAGAAGGGCAAGGGCGGCAAGAAUGCGGAGAACAAGGACCCAGAUCUUAUUCACGCUCUGCAGCUCAUCAAGACCAUCGCUACGGCAUCUGGUGGCUGGCCGAGCCGCAAGAUGGACGUGCUCUGCGAGCUGCUGCUGAACAUCUCCAGGUCGACCAACGAGUUCCUCACCAUGGCCGCUUUCGAGAUCUUCGAGGUCAUUUUUGCCGGUAUGGCUUCAGACGAGGUCGCAUCUGCGAAGCUGCCCCGCCUUUUGGAGGUCAUCUCCGAACUGCAGCCCUCAAAGAACGAUUCGCAGCUGCUUCCACCCUGGAUCGCCGUCAUCUCGCGAGGCUACGAAGUUGCUGCUCAGAUUGAGCCCGAGGACACAUUUGCAAAGCUACCGGAGCUUUUCACGAUGGUGUCUGAGUUCCUGGUUUCUUCUUCGCACAACAUUCGGGUUUCUGCUUCCGAGUGCCUGAUCUCAUUCCUGGUCAACAUCAUCCCCGACAGCGUUAUCCUGGAGCCAUCGAUCUACGACGAGAAGACACUGGAGAAGAUUGCAAAGAUAGCACAGAACUUGCUGAGCGUGAAGUUCCAGGCUGCGUGGAUGGAGGUGUUCAGCAUGUUGUCAGCUAUGUUUGAGACUUUGAGGUGGCGCUCAGAUCCCAUCUUGAGGCCAGUCUUGAGGGUUGUUGGAGAUUUGAGGAGCAACGAGAGCUUCUCUGGAAAGAAGGAGGCAGAUGCAGUCAUUUCGAGGGCCAUUGCUUCCAUGGGUCCUGACACUGUGCUUGAUGUUCUCCCCCUGAACCUUCCCCGCCCGCCGCCGGGGCAGACCGGCCGAGUCUGGAUGUUGCCUCUUCUCCGCGAUGCCGUACACAACACGAAACUCGCACACUUCCGGACUGUGAUGGUACCGCUCAGUGAGCAGCUCUUCCAAAGGGUCAUCGAUCACGGGCAGAGGGAGAAGACUAUGGAGAUCAAGGUUUUCGAGACCGUUGUUCAGCAAAUCUGGUCCAUCCUUCCUGGUUACUGCGACCUACCUUUGGACCUGACCGAGGCCUUCGACCAAUCGUUCUGCGAGAUGCUGGCAAACUUGCUCUACAGCCAGGCCGAGCUACGUACCGACGUCUGCAAGGCGCUCCAAAAUCUCGUUGACAGCAACAAGACGGUUGUGGAGCUGGACGGCGACGAUGAUCUUGUCAAGCAGCUUCGAGUCUCUAAGGCCGAUGCUAAGAAGAACCUCGAGUACCUGGCAAGCUUCGCCAGCAAUAUGCUUGCAGUCUUGUUCAAUGUAUACAGCCAGACACUGCCGCAGUACCGAGGUACUAUUCUUCGAUCCAUCAACGCUUUUCUCAGCAUCAUCCCUGAGAAGGAGCUUAUCGAGACUUUCGAGCGUGUAGCCUCAAACCUCGAGCAAGCUAUUCCUGAGGCUGGCCCGCAGACACAGGCUGACAAGCAGAAGCAAGGCAAGGGCGCGAACAAGAUGCCACCGAUGAGCCACACACUCAUGGACCUGAUCAUCACAAUUGCGCUUUACCUCCCACGCGACAGCUACGGCUCGCUCUUCCGCAUGGCCGAGAUCAUGAUCAACAAGGAUGAUGACCCACAGCUGCAGAAGAAGGCCUACAAGCUUAUCCCUCGUCUCUCUGAAUCCGAGAUUGGUAAGUCAGCAUUGCAGGCACGCAAUGGCGAGUUGCAGCAGUUGUUGCUGCAAAGUUCAGAGAAAGUUACAGGGCCUGCACGUCGCGAUCGACUGCUUGCCAUGUCACAGGUUAUUGAGUUCCUGCCACAGAGUGACCUCCAUUUCAUCCCUUCAGUUCUUUCUGAGGUUGUCAUUUCGGCCAAGGAGACCAACGAAAAGGCGCGUGAAGCUGCGUACAAUCUGCUUGUAGCUAUGGGCGAGAAGAUGGCUGAGGGUGGCCAGGUCGUACAGACCAAGGUGCCCAACAUGCCUGCAGAUGCACCUACUGUCGAGGCAUCUCUUGAGGAGUACUUCACUAUGGUUUCAGCCGGUCUGGCCGCUUCGACACCUCACAUGAUCUCUGCUUCCAUCACAGCGGUGACUCGCAUAUUGUACCAGUUCCACUCGAGGAUAUCGGACGAGACGAUCUCGAACCUGCUCGAGUUGAUGGACAUCUUCCUGCAGAACCCCAACAGGGAGAUCGUUCAGAGUGUGCUUGGCUUCGUCAAAGUGGAGGUAAUCACACUACCUGAGUCUCUUGUUCGCCCUCGUCUGCAGAACCUCCUAAAGAACCUGAUGGUCUGGAGCCACGAGCACAAGGCGCACUUUAAAGCCAAGGUCAAGCACAUUGUCGAGCGUCUAGUCCGCAAGUUCGGUGCCGAGGAUGUUGAGCGUGCUUGUCCUCCUGAGGACCGCAAGCUCAUAGUCAAUAUUCGAAAGACACGUGAGCAGCGCAAGAAGAAGAAGCAGCAGGCUGAGGAGGAUGGCGAGGCUCCGGCUGAGAAGCCGAAAGGCAAGUUCGAGAGCGAAUACGAUCAGGCUGUAUACGGUAGCGAUAGCGAAGAGAGCGAAGAAGGCGACUCAGAGGAUGAGUUUGUCAAGAGCCAGAGCAAACAGCGCACUGGCAAGGCAAAGGGCGGGCAGACAUACAUUGUUGAGGACGAGGAUGAGCCGCUCGAUCUGCUCUCAAAGCAGGCUCUCGGCAACAUCUCCUCUACAAAACCCCUACGCCAGCGUCAGCAACCACAAAAGAGGACCGCAGCUCGCACCAACGAAGACGGCAAGCUUGUCCUCGGCGACUCGGACGACGAAGGUGGCGUCAAGUUCAAGAAGUCAAGCAAGAACGACGAUAUCGACAUGGACCUCGACGAAGACAACACCACCCUCGAAGCCGGUAUCAAUGCCUACGUCGACGCCAUCCGCGGACGCGACGCCGCUCAACGCGGUCAGCGCAACAAGCUCAAGUUCAGCAACAAGAGAACCAAGGACGACGAUGACAUGGACAUGGAGGACGACGGUGCGGAUGCGCAAGAGGUUAGGAAAGCCAAGUCCGGCUCUGGCAUGGGCCGUGGUGGCAUGAAGACCCAGCGAAAGGGGCUUGGUGCGGAGAAGCAGCGCGGUCCGAGUGGAAGGGUUGAGAAGGGGAGGAGUCCGAGGGGGAGGGGUGGGUUUGGCAGAGGUGGGAGGGGUGGUGGUCGG